UUUUAAUGUGAUGUGUUAAAAAAGAGACUCGUACUUGAAAUUAAACUCCAUUUGGUUACAGUUAUAACUUACAGAGCUUAAACCCUAGCUUCGCUUCAAAAACCCUACUGCUCUCACUGCUCUCUCAUGUUCUCAAAUGCGUCCUCUCUACAAUUCCUUUCCUAAUCAUUCCACCAACAUGCAAAACCCCGCUCAACCUUCUCAACAGCAGGUUAUGGGGCCUCAAUCCCAAUUUGGUUUAAACAAUUCUCAAAUUCCUAACCCUUUUGGUAGUCCUUGUAUGCCCAAUGCGCCUACUUCCAUGGCAACUCAACCCGGCUUCAUGAACGCACCUAACAAUCGUUUCCCUUCUCAAAAUAAUCUUAUGGGAGCGCCCCAUUUAGGUAACCCGAAUGGCCCUUUGCCUCAACAAGGUAAUCCCCAGGUUGGAUUUGGUCCACAGAUUGGUGUAAACCAUAUGAACUCCAUUGCCACAUUUCCCAUUCGCGGGCAAGGAUUUCAACCCGGUAACAUGUCGAAUUUACCGCAUUUCAAUCAGAAUAUGGGUUUGCCCUUUGGACAAUUCUGUAUGCCAAAUCAUUUGCAGAAUAUGAAUCAAUUUUUGCCUAUGCAAAUGCAAAUGCAAAAUCUUUCUCAGUUUGUUCCUCAGAAUACAUACGGGGUUAUGAACCAAGCACUACAGCCCACAAUUCCUCAAAAUCCUGCCUUUUUGGCUAGUCCGCAAUUUGGUAAUAUGCACUAUAAUCAGAUUGUACCGCAAGUUAACCAGAAUCAGCAUAACUUGUCUCUGCCUGUGAUGGAUGUAAAUACACUGAAACCAUCACCUGUAGCAAAUCAACAAUUGCAAGGGAACUUGCCUAUGGAGCAAACUAAUAACAUGCAAUCUUCAGGAUUCAUGGGAACACAGAGAAACCAUUUACAAAGUGGCGGUGGGCUUAAUCCUUCCAAUGGGAAAAAUCCAUCGAAUAGAAACUUCAACAGGAAUACAAAAGGAGGGAUGUCUCAAGGCAGAUCUCAGAAUUCUCAAUUUCAUGGUAUGAAACAUGGAAACAAAAAGUUUGGAACUCCUAAUGCUCACAGAGGAAGAGGGUCAAAUAAUGAGAAGGCUGGAAGGUUUGGAACUGACAACUUUUUGAACCAAGGGAGGGAAGAAAAAAGAUCUCUUGCUUUGACGUAUUCGGAAGAAGAAAUUCGAAAGUGGUGUGAAGAACGGAGAAAGAACUAUCCAUCCCAGAGAAACAUAGAGAAGAAGCUAAUGAAAAAGCAGCAAGACAAAGAGAGUUUUGAGAAAGAGGCUGAGCUACGCCGAGAGCAACUUAAGGAGAUUCUAGCUAAGCAAGCUGAAUUGGGAAUUGAAGUUGCAGAAAUACCGGGGUGUUCUCUCAAAGAAGAGAAUGGGAGACCAUUGAAUGAGAGGGGAAGAUUUCCCAACAAAUUUGAUAAAAGGAGGAGAUCCGAUAAAAGAGAACGGUAUCCUAAGAAGCGAAGGAUGAAUGAUAAUAACAACAAUAAUGCUUCGUCGAAUGUUCCUUCAUUAAGUAUUAGGAAACCGACAUUAUUGGAGAAACUUCUCAGUGCUGACAUAACUAGAGAUAAGAGCUACUUGCUGCAGGCUUUCAGGUUCAUGGUAGCUAAUUCUUUCUUCAAAGAUGGAGCUGAUAAACCUUUGACAUUUCCUUCUGUAAUAUUCAAGGAAAAGUCCAGCGAGGACGGCGGCAUUGUUGAAGAGAAGUUUCCGAAUGAUAAUAGUGAUGAUGAUGAAGAUGACAAGGAGGAAGAAGAGGGUGAGAUCAUCACCUAAAUUCUGAAUUGUGUUGUAUUAUAAUAUAUGCUUUUGUUUUUUGUGAUUAGCUUCGUAAGAUUUUGUUCAUUUGUGGAAGAAUUGGUUUGUUGAGAAAAAAGCCAUAUACCAAAUAUACCAAAAGCACAUUACGAAGCAUGUUGGAUAUAAUCAUCUCCAUAGAAAUUUUGAAGUACAUAGAAUAGAAUGUAAUGUAGACUUAACCUGCAAGUUUGGUCUGACCCCAACUGGAAAUAGUUUCACCUGUAUUUUAUUUUACAAUCAAAUGUAAAUUUCCAUUUAACUAUUCUA